GUUUUGUCACACUACGCUUAGUCGUUCCUCUCAUCUUCUCCCGUCUCCUAUCGUUCCCACUCGUGUUCACCGGUCUACUUUAGUUUCGUCACACUACGCUUAGUCGUUCCCUCUCAUCUUCUCCCGUCUCCUAUCGUUCCCACUCGUGUUCACCGGUCUACUUUAGUUUUGUCACACUACGCUAGGAGGGGGGGCUGAUUACGCAAACCCGCCUCAGUGAGGCGUUAAAUGAUUUUGGUAAGUGGAAACGAUUCAAUACUUAUCAUCAGAUAAAUCUUCUCGAGCAAUUUUACAAUAUUCUGUUUUAAAUGUAGGUACGAUCUUCGCAAUAUUCUGUUUUAAUAACCACGCAAAACAUUUGAAAUUACAACAACUAAUUUUGCCUAAUUUGAAAAUUACACCAGCAAUGACUAGUGGCGCUUAACAAACAGUUGUUACUUUUCACUUUGAAGUUUUGGCCCCUUUCAAUCCCUCGAAAUCAUUUCACGCCUCACUGAAUCCCGGGUGAUCAUGUAAACACCCCUAAGUUAGUUCUCUUACAAAAUAUGCAAAAUAUAACGCGUAUGCAUUUCUUGCGAUGCAAACAUGUUAUGGAAGAGUUUACCUUCACUGCGUUAUUUGCGAGAUUUUUGCAUUCACCAGAGGAUUAAUAUUUUCUCGUUGAAAAUAUACGAAAAUAGUACUUCCGCGACGUCAUUCCCAACGCUAACUCCGCCUUAUUUACGUACAAACAUCAAUGUGUAGAUAUUCUUUUCGAAAAUUGACCCUCUUAAUUUUAUCUCUUUGCAAUUAGCUGCUUUCAGGCGUAGAAUCUGUCCAGCAAGAUAACGCAAAUAAUAGGAAAUGCUUUUUACGUAUGUAAUAUAGUUCUCUUUGGUUGGGCAAACCUUGUUGGUUGUCACCGUAAUCAAAUAAACACGUGGUAAACAUUCAUAAGAUUCAUUCAACUUUACAAGUGGUAAACAAGGCAUUUAAGCUGCAUGUCAAGUUAGCAUUGGCUGGUGGUAAUAUCUACGACUGUUUUUUUUUAUAAAUGACACGAGAUUACCAUGAAUUUACUAUUGAAUUUUUUCUUACUUUCUAUAUCAACAGACAUGUUAAUAAAUGAUUGAUUUCUCACCAACACACACGUAGCAAAAAAAGGCGGUAACAGGCCUCCUUAGUAACAUCGCGUGCACAUUAUAAUCAUGAAGCCAUUAUACAUUGUAUUGUCGGUUGUUAUUCUCAAAAUGAUUACAUUUGAACAAAAAAAGUUACAUAUGCUUAAUAAGCUUUGGUGUAAGGUGUUUAAUCAACUAAAAAGUUACACAGUGCUAAUUGUUCAAUGAAGAUUAGCUAUUUUUUUAUUUUCCUCUUUAUAUUUUGGCAUUUUUAUCGAAUUUGUUACCGGAUUACAUGUUUUAUCGCUGUUCAUGUACAACAACAACCUGUAUAGAAAUACUCCACUUAUAAAGAAACUCUGAUACAACCCAACACAUGUACAUAGGUUUUUUAUGCCAAACAACCAAAAAACAACGAGAGAAAACUAGAUUUGGUUUAAGUACUUAAAAUCACGAAACUUUAAAACGCUUUGUACUCCGUAAUCAAUUCAAUUAGUGAGCAGCUUUAUGUAAUUGACAAGAUAAAGUUCAGUCGCGUCGCUUAAGUACCGUGAAUGCGUGGUUUCAUAAAAUGCUUCGAUCUAUGCGUAAACAAGAAAAAAUGUUUGAAAUAUGACCACGACUUUGGCUUUUAGUUGUAACAUGUAAUUAUACAAUUUUUGUAGUAAUUAUACAUUUGUUAUUGUUGGCCGCCCUCCAUGCAUGGAGUCCCGUAGUUGACAUUUGUUUAAGCACUGUCCCUAUUUAAUUUGUGGCCAGUGGCCCAUCUCCAAAUAUAGCGAAAUCUCAUCCUCAUGCAUAUCCUGUCGUCUAUUUUUAAAGUAAAUAUUUUGCAAGUUUUAACAUUCUUCUCGUCGUUAGUUCCCUGUAAAAUGUGAAUAGUUUCCUUCGGUCCUCGGUCCUCACAAAAAAAGCCAGAAGGAAAAUCCUCUUGAAAAUCACCUUGAAAAAACCCGGAUAAAUCCCACGCACGCGACCAAAUAUUUUUCACGAUAUUAAGAUGUUUAUUGUUAAAAUAUUGCGUCUUCGCAAUAUUUUAACAACAAGAUGUUUGUUUUGGUGGAAUAGGCUUACGUGCACAUUGGUAUGUUUUCACAGUACUUGGUUGAUGUACUUGUUUUUGAUUGCACUUCAAGUGUGCGAAUGUUUUUUACGUGAUUGUGUUGUGUCAAGGUUUGACGAAUGCAUUCAACAAAAAUGUUUGAGUGUUUUUUCAAUUUCAUAGUAAUUUCUCAUAAUUUUUUUGAUGUUCUAGCAAAAAAAUACAUGUAAAAAAUUAUCAAUAAGUACAAUAACUUCAAGUGACUCGACUUCUUCGAGGCACUAUUGAAGUCUUGGUCGACUAAAUAUGCAAUACUUGGUGUAAUAAUAUACAUUGUGAAACCUUUCGACGUUUUUCGAUGUGAACUUCUACGAUGUCAAAUUAAAUUAUACAAUCACGUGGUAGAAUAGUACUGCAUGGCAAAUGUUUAUCGAACGCAGUUGGAUGAUUAGCGCGGUCGUUAUCAACAAUUUGAAACGUCUCUCUCGCUGUUCUUCCUUUCGAAUAAGAUAAGGUUCGUUGCAUAUGGUUUAUAUCAAUCCUACUCCUCAAGGAUUACGUCCAAAGAUAACUUAACAUCGUCAUUAUGUGUCAAACGUUUUCCUCUGAUGCAUUGUAAAGCUUGUAGCCAAACAGUCGUGUCGUCUGCUUGCGUUCUGGAACGUGCGCACGAUUCCUUGGCAAGAAAAUUAAAUCACAGCGUACAAAAUUGAUCACAGCGUACAAAAUUGAUCACAUCGUACUUUCAACAUUCUUCACAGUAUUUCAUUUGUGAAUUGAAUGCGCAACUGUUAACAGUGGAAAUUAUUCGAGAAGCUAUCAGUUACAAAUUUCGUCUGAUAUUAAUUUGGAAGAUUUAUUUUCGUUAUAUUAACGAUACGUUGCUUCGAAUUUGGCAACGAUGAUUUGAAAUCAACGUUCGACUACGAACUUGCGAAACUGGAGGAAUUGGAAUUGUGAUUUUCUCUUCGACAUCAUCCUUCAAAAUAAUUUCUUUUUAAUGACGGACAGAUGUUGCAUAUUUGAGUUGCUCCAUUAAUAUUUUAAAACUGCAGUGGCUUUGCUUGCAAGUUUAAUGAGAGGAUAAAGUUUAAACAGUUGUCAACUUUUUAUUUUAUCGUGCGUUUUGAUCAAAUAUCAAAUUGAAGAAUCACGAAGAAAAUAUUCACAUAUAGAGUUGCCUUCAAAACGUUUGGUGAUUGAUCGUCAUCUGCAAUCAACUCUUCGAGGAGUCAAACAUGGUUUCAUCGUUAUACAACGCUACCAUGUUGCUCUCACUAAACGAUUCUGCUCCCAUUACAUCCAACUCAAGCGUCAACCAUACUGCGCGUUUUGAUCCAUACUACGAUACGUUCCUAAUCCUUUUAGCCUUGUUGAUUAUCGCCAUUAACGGCUUAGUCAUUUGUUUGUUUAUGUGGAAACCAUUUUUAAAGGAGAUCACGAACUAUUUCCUUGUUAGCCUGGCUGUAAGCGAUGGUUUAACUGGACUUCUUGUCAUACCAAUAUAUUUUUCGUGCUCAUUAAGUGGUUAUCGAGUUCAAGUUUGCUUCAGUUUCGACAUGAUUCAUCGAAUGACUGCAUUCUCAACUGUGUACCAUCUCUUACUCAUCACUUGUGACCGUUACGUUGCCAUCACUCGUCCAUUCCGUCACAGCAGCACGUUCACAGCGCGUGUUGCAUACAUUUCGAUUGUAUGUGUGUGGAGUGUUUCCAUGUUUUUACCUCUUGUUCAACUCACGUGGUAUGAUACGUCCAAUCUGAGGCUGGCAAAUUCACGUAUACGACAGUACGAGUUGCGCUACAACAUCACUUGUGCAGUCGUCGCCUUUCUUUUACCCGUCACUAUUAUGAUCAUCGCGUACGCCGAAAUGCUGCGUAUCGUUGUGAGACAUGCGCGCGCGAUUGAAGCAACGUCACGUGAACGGCAGGCUCUGAGCAAAGAAAAGCGUGCUAUGGCGAUCUUUGCCACAAUGUUGUUUGCCUACGUCUUCUGUUGGUUCUCCUUUUUCUUCAUGUCUCUAGCAUCGGAUCUUCCUGGUGUAUUGCGUGUACCCGAAGUCGUCGCUUCCAUUCUGUUCUUCUUUCGUUUUUGUACAUCUAUCAUAAAUCCCAUCAUUUAUAUAUUUUGUAAAACGGAUUUCAAGAGAGCCCUUCGUGAGGUGAUUGUACAGUACCAAUGUCGGGCAAUAGUGUCGGGAUUUCUUCUCCAGAAUUACUCUGUAUCAAACAACGAAGACGAUGAUAGCUCACCGCGUGGAACCCAAAGGACACACACGUCGAGAGCGCGUUAGAUCUCUUGCGUAAUAAAUGCGCUCAAUUUUCCGAAGGACAAUUUUUUUAAUGAUGGUGAUUAUUUGCCAGUUGACUUUACGAGUGAACAUAUCCUGUGUGUGAAAUGGUUGGUGGCUUGAUGAAAUUGAAAUUUUCAACCUGUUUUUGUGUUAUCGCCAAUGUAUCACUGGAGAAACUUGUACCGAGUCAUUAAAUUGAUGCUUGAUGUUAAGCAAAAGGGAACGAGCUCAGUUUACCUAUCGUUGUAUAUGUUGCUGUUAUUUUACUAUACAUUCCAUUUUAUUUUUCACAAUUUCCUUGCCGCAUGUUGACGUUUUCAAGAAAUACGAGAUAACAAUUGAAUCACUUGGAAUAAAGUAAGAAAAAGUCUAUUCAAGAAAUGAAGUAGUCGACCUUUCUCUGCUGCUGUUUUGAAAACAUUAUCCAACAACGACAGGCGUAUUUCAUUCAUGUUUUGUUUAGAAAGUUAUUUUCUAUUCAUUGUAAGAUAUCAUCAAUUAUCGCUAUUUUUUGUUAUUUAAAUUAUCGUAGUAUAGAAAGUUAAGCAUCUUUAUAUAUAAACUUAGCAAUCAUUUAUCUAGUAUGAACUCUUAUUUAUUCUCCAAAAUUCUCUGCUUUUGAACGAGGCGAAAUCCUUUUACCCGAAAGCAAUUAGAAAAAAUCCCAAAUACCUUAACAGCAUUCCCCUAUCGUAUUAUUUACAUAACUUUGUACAUAUGUUAACAAUUUAUAGACUCAUUAACAUAAUUUGCGCGCAUUCCCACAGGUGCGUGCCAGGCAAAUUAUAAAUUACAAUCUUAUAAAUUACAAUAUAGAAAAACCAA